AUGUCGAGUUUUGGUUCGUGGUUUCUUGAAGCCAACUUUGGCCUUGGCAUUAGUGGCAGUGACGCAUGGUGUUGUCCCAUGACGGUGCGUGGACACUUAACUCUUGGUUAUGGAUAUUUUCCCAUGUUUGACCCGACACCUGCUAGAAUCAAAGACUUUGGGAACUUCUCUAACGUGGACGUUGCGAACAUACCGCACUGGGACCUACAACACGCCCACGCCGAUAGCUUUGGCACAUUAUCAACCAACGUUGCAAGCUGGGCACGAAUUAAAGCAAGGUUGACGGGGUAUUGGCUUUGCACCGAACAAUGGUUGAACAAGGGAACUAGAGCGAAUAACCAACCGAAAAACCAAAGUGUGCUUUGUGAGGUCUUUCAACCUGUUGUGAAAGGCUCCACAGCGUAUGUCUGCAAAGGAUACAUCCCUUAUUUGGAACUCAAGGCAACGGUCGAAAAAUGUGACUUCAAAAGUUUUCACGAAGGUCUAGGAACUCGCAGCCAAAAUAUCGAGUAUUUAGCGAGACUGCGAGGAAGGCGGCAAAUCCGACGGACUCUAGUUCGAGUACCACAUGAUGCGAAGGGCACCUCGACUGCGUGGCAGUGGUCUUCAAUGCCACGAACCUGA